GCCGGGUGAUCCACCUACAGCGGAAGAAAGACCAAGUUUGGCCAAGCAGGGAUGGCUGCAACCGAGGACUACGACGCCGAGGCCGCGCUGGCCUCGUUCCACGAGUCCCGAGCCGGCGUCCGCGGGCUCGUCGAGUCCGGCGUCACCGCCGUGCCUCCAAUCUUCCUCACGGCCACCGCACCAUCGCCGCAGUCCCCGGCGUCGACUACUACGGCGUUUGCGAUCCCGGCCGUUGACCUCUCCCUCCCUCGCUCGGACACCGUGGCGCUCGUCCGCGCCGCGGCACGUUCGUGCGGCUUCUUCCACGCCAUCAACCACGGCGUCCCGGCCGGCAUCGUCGACUCCGCACUCUCCGCGGCCAGGGCGUUCCACGAGCAGCCCCGCGCCGCCCGCUCGGCGUUCUACUCCCUCGAGCCCGUCGAGGCCGUCGCCUACUCCACCAUCCCCAACGCGCCACCGCGGCAGGAGGGCGCGCCUCUCCUUCCGUGGCGCGACUCCCUCCGCGUCCGCUUCGGCCCAUGGGACGGGGAGCCCGACCUCGGCCGCCUCCCCGCGGCCUGCCGCGACACGCUGCGGGAGUAUCAGCGCGCGCUGACGGGGUUCGGGAAGGAGAUGGCCGGGCUGCUGUCCGAGGCGCUCGGUGUCGGGGUGGAGCGGCUGGAGCAGGCGAUGCAGGUGGAAGGGUGGCUCAUGGCGUGCCACUACUACCCGCCGUGCCCGGAGCCGGCGCGGGUGGUGGGCAGCCUUGAGCACACCGAUCCCAGCUUGUUCACGGUGCUGGCGCAGGACUGGGUCGGCGGGCUGCAGGUCCGGCGCGACGACGGCACUGGUGGCGGUGGGGAGUGGGUGGACGUGGCGCCGGUGGCCGGCGCGCUUCUGGUCAACAUCGGGGACGUGCUCAAGGUUGUUUCCAAUGAUGAAUUAAAGAGCGUGGAGCACAGGGUGGUCAUCAAAUCCACACAAGAUGCCAGGGUGUCGAUCGCCCUCUUCAUCAAUCCUGCCAAGCGUGACAAGUCCGACCUCUUUGGGCCUCUCCCAGAACUGGUGACAGCAGAAAAGCCCGCACAGUACCGGAGUUUCACAGUGCCUGAGUUCAUGAGUUCAAGGAGGGAAUACGGCCAUAGCAGAUCGUCCAUUGAACGGUUCAAGGUGAGCUCGAGUUAAAUAGUCUGGAGGGAUGACGAUGAGUUUGAUGGCGAAGCAACCAUGCUUGCACUGUUGCACACGUACGUUAAUUUGUCAGGAUGAUGUCUGGUUAAUUUCCCUGCGCAAUGCAGCGAAAAAGAAUGAGAAUUACUGGUUCGUUGCAAGUAUUGUAAAUAUGUGCACUACCUUUAUCCUAGUUUUCACUAGGAGAUAUCGAACACAAAGUACAAAAUAAUGAUCUACCUU